CAGCUAGCUGAAUAGCUGUCUUAUUCUUUUGUGCAAGUUUCAGGAAUUAGAUGGCGUUUUAAUUUAGAAUCGGAGUGUGUAUAGUAUAUGGCAUUGUGCAAAUAAUUUAACCUAUAACGUAACGUAUAUUUCAAAAAAUAGGUCUUCUGAAGAUAUCCGGGUGUCUGUUUUUAAUAUUGCUGUAAUAUACAAAUAGACCUUUAAAUGCCAUCUUUUAAUUUAUGCUUUCGCUUUUGACUGUUUAUUUAUGCAACAAAAGUUUUAUUUACGUGGAACGAUCUACUUUAUGACUGCCCUGCAUACGCCCUGAAAUCAAGUUUCAGAUGCAUUAUUCGGUUAAAGUAUUUACAGUUUCAUUUGAAUAUGGGGUCUUGAAGCAGUUUUCUCUGGCAGGACUGACAUUACACGACCAUGGCCAUUGGCUGUGUGAGUGUGUAGCUGCUUAAAAAUAGCGAGAGAGAUAUUUUUAACCGCUUGCUGUCAGUCCAGAUGUACGACGUAGGUCAAAUGGUGUCUUUUCACCAUUACGAAUGCCUCUGGGUGCAAAGUAUGUUGGUCAAACGUCACAGGAAACGCAUCACUCCAAGUAGUCUGAUAUCAGGCUCAGGGCCCAGUUGUUCAAAAAGUUUAAUCUGGAUGAGAAUGAUCUGGAUUUUGAAAUCCCAUGUUUUGCUAUCAAGGAUCAGGUGGGUUACAGAUGUAGCUGGGGUCUGGCAGCAGUGACCAUGGCGCUGUGCUGGGGUGGUUUGUUGGUGUUGGCGGCCCUCUCCCAGGCCCUGGGCUCUCCGCAGCACUCAGAGGAGCCUUCCGUGCCAGAUGAAUGGGUCCUGCUACAUGUCGUGCAAGGCCACAUAGGGGCGGGAAACUACAGCUACCUGCGUCUUAACCACGAAGGACGCAUUAUCCUCCACAUGCAAAGCCUUAAAGGAGAUGCAGAUCUCUACGUCUCUGACAAGACGCUGCGGCCAAACUUUGAUUCCUACAAGCUUCAGUCUACCACCUGUGGCCAGGAUGUGGUAGUCGUCCCAGGGGAUUUUGUAAGGCCUGUUGGAAUCGGGAUCUACGGACAUCCCUCCUACAUGGAGAGUGAGUUUGAGAUGAAGGUGUUUUACGACCAGACAGCACUGACAGAAGAUGAAAUGGACAAAAACUCUUAUCCUUCAAAUGAGACUCCUGGUCAGUCUCAACACUCUCAGGGCCCUGAGGAUGUGAUGGAAGAAGAGGAAUCCAUCCUGUGGACUAUUCUAAUUGGGAUUCUUAAGAUCAUACUUGAAAUUUUGUUUUGAUUUUGAUGUGCCAGGUGCCAUAAUACCACAUUUGCCACAAUGAACUGUUCUUCCCGUUUAGAUCAAAUAAACAGAAUUUCUUUUUGGCCAGAGUUUUGACAAAGGAGUAGAAAUGUUUUCCUGAAGUUUUGUUUUAAUAUAGUGAGGCGCCACCACCACUCUAUAAGGACAAUGUACAUUUCUGCCGUAGUUUUCUUAAUAUGUCAUCUAAUUUGACUAACAGCUUUAUAAUUUGCAUAUCAACACAACUGAUUGCACUUGACAUGUUAAACACACGGUUUUCUCUUUUGACCUGAUUGGUUCUCUUCUGACAUUUAAUUGAUUGAGUUAUAAAAAAAAGUAUGUUGUGUGGCGUGUUUAUUUGUCUUUUACUGACAUUGGGAUGUAAAUUUUAGGUUUUAAACUGCACUAUGCAAUCACACAAAUCACCUUGUGAUGAAGGUUGUACAGCUGUGCCUAUUGUGAAGGAGAGUCUGUUGGCUAAUAAACAGCAAAGAAUCUUCUGCACCUGUAGUUGUAAGAUACAAAUAAAAUAAUCACUUAUUUUUGAAAGUU